UGACAGCCCCGACAGGACCGCCUGCCUGGUCAACGAUCUGUAAAUGGGUGAAAGGGGGGAAGUACUUCCCCUCUGCUGCCUAGCUAAGCUUUGAGUUCGACCCCAGCAAGAGUCAUCUGCACCGGUCCUUCCCGGGUAUCUCCCAAUGCAUUAUCCAAUGCAGGUCGAUUUACAUGGCGUCAAAUCGUAACAUUCGUUAUCUCAAGGCACUUGACGCCAUUCACAGGUCCUUGUGUAGAGCUACUCAGUAGAGGAGGUCUCGUCUGUAAAGCCCCAAAGCUGCUGUCCUCGUUUAAGGCUGAUACGGAGCUUUGGUGAACUUGAACCCUUAUGCCCGUGCAGCAGCCAUGGCGGAGGCCGGAGCUCACCUGACCUCCACCGCUGUGACCGAGCAGCCGUCGAUCUUUGAGGUCCUGGCACAGGAGUCUCUGAUGGAGGCGGUCAAACCUGCGCUGAGACACGCGGUCAAGGUUCUGGCAGAGUCCAACCCGUCCCGUUUUGGCUUUCUGUGGCGACGCUUUGAUGAGCUCUACCUGCUGCUGGACCUCCUCCUCCAGAACCACUUCCUGAUUCACUGCAGCGCCUCCUUCUCUGAGAACUUCUACGGCCUGAAAAGAGUUUCAGACGGGCGGGAAUUUCCUGUUCACCUGGGGCUGCGCAGGAAGUCGCACUGGCGAUCUCUUCUUCUUCUCUGCCUGGUGCCGUACUUUCGAGCCAAGCUGGAGGCGUCGCUGGAGCAGCAGAGGGACGAGGAGGACUUUUCCAUCCGACUGGCGCAGACCAGAAGCCAGAGGCUGUACCGGGCGGCCGUGGCAGCCUACCCGUACGUCAGCUCGGCCUGGCAGGCCUGGGUCUUCUGCCAGCAGCUACUCUUUGUCUUCGGAGUUGCCAGGACCCAUAGUCCCCUGCUGUGGCUGGCCAGGGUGAGACUGGCACGACUUAAUGCCCAAGAUAUCAAAAACAUGGAGCUGAAGACCAGCAACACUGGCAGCCCAGCUGAUAAGAGCCUGGUGCAGAGAGUGUGGUGGUUGAUGUCACAAGCGGUGAGGGGUGUGGCCGUCUCCCUCUCCACCUCCCUGUCCCUGGGCGUCUUCUUCCUGCAGUUCCUGGAGUGGUGGUACUCCUCUGACAACCAGAGCACUGUGAAAACCCUCACCUCGCUGCCUGCCCCUCCACCCCCCCUCCACCUGCGGGAGGAGCGCAGCUGCGGGGAUUCUCCCUUCGUCUCAGCCAAGCAGAGCAAAGACGCCCAGCUGGGCUCGGACGGCGGGAACUGUCCUCUGUGCCGCAGGCUCCGUACCAACGCCACGGUGCUGUCCACCUCUGGCUUCGUCUUCUGUUACCGCUGCAUCUACACGUAUGUGAAAGCCAACCACCGCUGUCCGGUCACCGGAUAUCCCACUGAACUGCCGCACCUCAUCAAGAUAUACUCACCGGAGAGCUAGACCGCACUGUCUGCCCGUUUUGUCGGCGGCCUCGUUUUUUAAAAGGAGAAACUCUCAGCAGAGUCAGUUGGUUUCCCUCUGCAGCCUUGUGCUGAAUAUCUUGUGGAAAUACUGUGUAUUUUUCUGUUUUUUUUUCUUCAGUAUAAAGUAGACUUUUGAGUGCACUAAUGGUUUUUGAUCAAUUUUCCAGUGAUACGAGCUGAUUUAGAUGUGAAGCUUCAAUUGUAUUUCAGACUGAAUAUUUACCAAUUGACUAAUAAAUCAUUUCUCAGUGGCAA